UAGAUCUGUUUCCUGCAGAGCCAUCUGACACCCAUGAAAGGCAGCUUUCUGCCCUAAGUGAGUCAUGUGACUAGCAGUUGGAUACUGUCAAGCGAUGAAAUCCUGUCUGCCCCCAGUGUAGAAGCACAGGAGUCAAGAUGACGUUCAUCGCCAAGACCUUCUAUGAUCUGAAAGCCACCACGCUGGAGGGAGACUCUGUGGACUUCAACGUGUUCAGGGGACGGGUGGUCCUGAUAGAGAAUGUGGCUUCGCUCUGAGGCACCACCACCCGGGACUUCAGCCAACUCAACCAGCUUCAGAGCAAGUACCCCCAUCGGCUGGUGGUCCUGGGUUUUCCCUGUAACCAGUUUGGAUAUCAGGAAAACUGCACCAAUGGCGAGAUUCUGAAUUUACUGCAGCAUGUGCGUCCAGGCGGUGGGUUUCAGCCCAACUUUACCAUCUUUGAGAAGUGUGAUGUCAACGGAACGAACACGCAUCCGGUCUUUGCCUAUCUGAAAGACAAACUCCCCUAUCCUGAUGACAACCCCACUUCCUUCAUGCAGGACCCCAAAUUUCUGGUGUGGAGUCCCAUCUGCAGGACAGACAUCUCUUGGAACUUUGAGAAGUUUCUCAUUGGGCCAGAGGGGGAGCCCUUUAAAAGAUACAGCAAAAUGUUCCCCACCAUUGACAUAGAGCCUGACAUUCAAAGACUGUUAAGAUUAACUAAGACCUAA